CUUUAAGGUCCAUUGAGAUCCAUCAGAGGGAGUCGUAGGCUACAGGAUCCUUUAUCCUCGUGCGCAAAUUACUGUGGAGGGACCUGUUUUGGUUGGGGUUGGACGGGAUCUAGUUUUAGGUACAGGAUGGUCAUGCCCUCACUUGACCGAAAGGCACAUGGGAUAGAAUAAUAGGUCCAACAGCAGUCUAACCAUGAGAUGUCACUGGAUUGUAUUUGCCACACCUUUUAUUCUCCUACCAUUAACAGUCUGCUCCAAGCCGGUAAUAUCCCCCAGCGGGCCUCAUGUGGUGGUUCCCAAGAGGGGGAAGCUGGAGCUGAGUUGCCAUGACGAUGCCACGUUGUCUGGUGCACCAAGCAGGGUGAGGUGGCAGCGGGAGAGGGCGCGCAGGCUGGAGGGAGAGGUGGAGGAAGAUGGAGUGGCUUAUAUCAAGGUGUCGGCAGCCCAAGCCUACCACAUGGGUCGCUAUGUGUGUGUCAACAACAGCACACUGGAACACAGCUCCAUCUAUGUCUAUGUGAAAGACCCCCAGAAUGCCUUCCAGCACACCAUGGUGAAUGGCAUCCUGGUCCGGGCAGGUGAGAACUGCACCAUCCCCUGUCUGGUCACCGACCCCGAGGUCACCCUUCUGGCUUUGGAGACCUGCGAUGGACGACCUUUGCCCUCCAGCAUGCAUUACCGUAGCAACCCCCAGCGAGGUGUCAUCAUCAGCAAUGCCAGGAAGGAGUUUGAGGGCUGUUACAUAUGUGUGGGGCAGCUUGGAGGUGCCGUAGUGAAUUCCAGCCAAUACACCGUGGAUGUGCGACAAGUGCCAGAGGUGCCUCCAGUGAUCACACUGUCCCACAGAGAGACUGUCAUCUUGAGGAGAGGAGAGCAGUUUGAGCUGACAUGUAGCUCCUCCAAUGUAAACCCAGACUUCAGUCUCAAGUGGGACUUCCCCUCAACAGCGAAUCCUCUGGAAGGACACACCUCACACAUCCUGUCGAGUAACCGUGGUUACAAACGUUCCACCUCACUCUGGAUCACCGCCGUCAACCAAUCGGACUCUGGCACCUACCGCUGCCACGCCCACAACGAGAGAGGUGCCAGUGCUGCAGCCCUGCAGCUGGACAUCCGUGAUCGAGGCUUCAUUUCCAUGUUGGGAGACCCUGGCCCAAGCCAGGCUGAAGUGAAAGAGGGGGAAAGCCUUAGUCUCAGGGUAGAGUUUGAUGCCUACCCGUCGCCCAGCAGCAUGGCCUGGGCUUACAAUGGCAAGCAGCUCCGCAACACCACCGAGCAUGUUAUCACUGUCCAGCGCAGCAGAUACAGACACAUCAGUGAGCUCAAACUCGUAAGGGUGCAUGGUUCAGAGGGCGGGAUCUAUACCUUCUUAGCAAGUCACGAGGAUGCAUCUGUCAAUCAGUCAUUCCCUGUCUAUGUCAACAGUAAGCCAGUCAUCAUCUCCCAAGAGGGGCCUAUUAAUGGACAGGUGCGAUGCACUGCUGCUGGUUUCCCAGCUCCUAAAAUCAGCUGGUACUUCUGUGAGCUACCCCACACGAGGUGUUCACACCUGCCCAAUGCCACCCAAUGGGAGACGGCGGAUGCUGCCAUGGUGACAGAGUCAAACUCCGCCUUCGGGAGAAGCGAGGUGGAGAGUCGCCUCAACGUCACGAAGGAACACGCACACUACCACACCCUGGAGUGUGUGGCCACCACGGAGGGGGAAGAGGCCUACACACUUUUCUCAAUCAGCGAGCGCACCGUUCCCCAUAAACUCUUCACUCCUCUUCUAACUGGCAUGGUGGCCACUGGAGUCUUACUAAGUCUCAUUCUAGUGGUGCUGCUCUAUAAGUAUCUGCAGAAACCCAAGUUCCAGAUCCAGUGGAAGGUGAUAGAGAGUAUCCAUGGCAACAACUACAUAUAUAUUGACCCCACCCAGCUCCCUUAUGACCCCAAGUGGGAGUUUCCCCGACAGAAACUUCGCUUCGGCAAAACCCUGGGCUCUGGAGCUUUUGGAAAGGUAGUGAGGGCCACAGCCUAUGGACUUUGCUCUGCAGAUACUGUCAUGACCGUCGCUGUUAAGAUGCUCAAACCCAACGCUCAUUCCACUGAGAAGGAGGCCCUGAUGUCCGAGCUGAAGGUUCUCAGUUACCUUGGAAACCACGUGAACAUUGUUAACCUGCUUGGAGCGUGCACGGUCGGAGGCCCGACUUUGGUGAUCACAGAGUACUGUUGCUACGGCGACCUCCUCAACUUCCUGCGCAGAAAAAGAAAUUCCUUCCUCAACUCCCAGAUCGGUGAUAGCUACUACCGCAAUGUCUCCAACCACAGGGAGCCUGCAAGCAGAGAGGUGGCUGGUGCAGGAUACAUGCCAAUGCGUCCCUCAGAGAAGGAAAGGUCUUCCCAGUCAGAUGACAUAGACGAGCUGUCACUGGAUGCGGAGGAUCUCCUCAGCUUUUCCUACCAGGUGGCCAAAGGAAUGGAGUACAUUACCUCCAAGAAUUGUAUCCACAGGGACCUGGCAGCCAGAAACAUUCUGCUGACUCAUGGCAGGGUGGCAAAGAUCUGUGACUUUGGGCUGGCACGAGACAUCACCACUGAUGCUAACUAUGUGCUUCGGGGGAAUGCACGUCUGCCCGUCAAGUGGAUGUCUCCAGAGAGCAUCUUCGACUGCGUCUACACCUUUGAGAGUGACGUGUGGUCCUACGGCAUCCUGCUCUGGGAAAUCUUCUCUCUGGGUAACAGCCCAUAUCCUGGGAUGCAGGUGGGCUCAGCAUUUUACAAAAUGAUCCAGGAGGGCCACAGGAUGAGCAGGCCUGAGUUUGCCCCCACUGAGAUGUACGACAUGAUGCUGUCCUGUUGGAACCAGGACCCUUUGAAAAGGCCUUCCUUCAGGAAGCUGGUGGAGAGGACUGAACUCCUGCUCUCAGAAAACACCAGGAAUGUGUACCUGACACUGAGCCAGGCUGCAGCCCCUCCAGAGCAGCAGAGGGCGCCGUCACGAAGGCUGAGUUCAGUCUGCAGCACCACAGCCCCCACCCAGCCUUUACUGCUCAGCACCGCUGACGUCUUCCUGGACUAUGAUACUGUCUGACACACACACACACACACAGUGCUAUGAAACAUACAACCCCUACCUCCCUGAUCGUUCUCUCCCUGUACCACACAAAAGAGCCAACUGCACACCGUAAACUACUAACAACUCAGAUUUGUCACUCUGAAACAAACAGCUCAUUUUUCUGGGCUCUCUCUGUCUCUCCCACACGCCCACACACACACACCGGCCUCUAUCUCAUCUCCUAAUUGACGUAUUGAUCCCUGUGGUACGCUUUUCAGGUGCAUGUCUAUAUAAAGCCGACUCCAGCACUAACCAUCCAUCUGUAUCCAUCCUCAACUCUAACAUUACCCAUCAGCAGCAGGGACGAGUCCUGGCUUGCAAUGAACCAAAGAUUACAUCUAAAGAUGCUUUGGGGAAAACAGAAACUACUUGACAGGCACUGAUGGGAGUGAAUGCCUGACCUUGGGAGAUGAUACCGGAUCAGGGACAAGCAGAGAGCAGCACUAUGCAAUGUAGACAGCAGUUCUAUUAAAACUGUCUCCAUCCUAGAAAUGUAGACAAGGUGACUUUUAUUCAGUGCAACAUUUCACCAGACUAACAAACUGUGGGAGACUGUCAGUAAAUCUAUGACUUUUUUUUAAUAGGCCUUGAAAUUUGUUUUUAGAGCAACAUUCUGGUAUGUCUCUGAAGCGAGCUGAUGUCUUUUUUUUUUUUUUUUUUUUUUAAGUGUACUGCAUAUGAGCCACAUAUGCAAUUCAUGAUACAAGUAAUACCCAAGCCAUAAGAGACAAAAACAUUGACUUUUCACCUGUGCGUUAUAGCUUUGGAUACUGUGAUUUACGAAAGACUAACUAGUGCAUUGCUGUAUGUAUUGUAGGGGUAGCAUUAGAGUAGCUGACCGUGUUUAGCAAAGCAAUUGGCCAGGCUUUUAGGACUGUUUCUGUGCUCUUUUUACUUGUUUUAUGUCAAACAUGUAUGCAAUGUAAAUACAUUAUAGAUGUGCCUUUAGGGGUUGUUUGGAUAUACUGGACGCUUAUGACUUUGGUUGUCAUUCUGUACCUGCAGGGAAGCCAGCCGUCAUAGGAAUGUAUGUGCAAAGGAGCCUCUGCGAGAUACACUGUUAAUGGUUUUGAGGUGUAUGACGUUUUGAUACAGUGGGUUGACUUGUAAUAAAGAACGUACCUGUGAUGGUAAAAGUGA